GGCACAAGCAAAUAGAAAAGAAAAGAAAAAAAGAGUUGAAUAUUGCAGCUAUGGCUCCGACUUUGCAAGGCGGGUGGAUCAAGAUAGUGAAUCAGAUAGCAGGACGACCAGCACCAAGAAGCUCACACGGCAUAGCCGUGAUCGGAGACAAGCUCUACUGUUUCGGCGGCGAGGAUCCGCCGUACGAGUCCAUGGACAACGACCUUUAUGUCUUUGACUUCAACACUCACAGUUGGUCAACCGCUCCGGCCAAGGGAGACGUCCCAACGAUCAACGCCUUAGGCACCCGCAUGGUGGCCGUGGGAACUACGCUCUAUGUAUUCGGAGGCCGUAAUAAACAGUCGCAGUUUGAAGACUUUUACUCGUACGAUACGGUGAAAGGGGAGUGGAAGUUCCUGACGAAGCUGAACCAAGAGGGAGGACCCGAGGCUCGUACUUUCCAUUCAAUGACUUCAGAUGAAAACCACGUGUACGUGUUCGGUGGGGUGAGCAAAGGCGGGCUGAAUGCAACCCCCUUUCGGUUCAGGACGAUCGAGGCCUAUAACAUUGCCGAAGGGAAAUGGACUCAGCUCCCUGACCCUGGAGAGGAUUUCGAGAAAAGAGGAAUGGCUGGAUUCCUUGUGGUGCAAAACAAGAUUUGGGUGGUUUACGGGUUCGCGACUGCGAAUGAUCCUAAUGUACCACCCAAACGCUACGGGUCCCAAGACUACGAGUCGAACCGUGUGCACUACUUUGAUCUGGAUACUCAAGAAUGGACCGAAGUGGAGACUACAGGUGUCGAGAAACCUUCUCCGAGGAGCUGCUUUGCGCAUGCGGCUGUGGGGAAAUAUAUAAUAAUAUUCGGAGGUGAGAUCGAGCGGGACCCACAAGCACACCAAGGUCCGGGAACGUUGUCCCGUGAGGCUUUCAUGUUGGACACUGAGACAUUGGUGUGGGAGAGGUUAGAAGGAGGAGAUGAACCGAUCCAACGCGGUUGGGUGGCCUCCACGACGGCCAUCAUCUAUGGAAAGAAAGGUCUGCUCAUGCAUGGAGGGAAACUUAUGACCAACAAGCGCACCGAUGAGAUGUACUUCUACGCAGUCAAUUCAUCCACGUAA